ACCCUCAUUGAUUCAUCCAGUUCGCCGUCUCUAACAAUUUUUCCAUAAUGUCGAAGGAACCCGAUCAAGAAUUAAAGAAGGCCUUCAUGGAACUUCAGGGAAAGAUGCAGGAAACCAACCAAAAAUUAAGAAUUGCUGAUGUACAAGUAGAAAGUCUCAAAAAGAUUGUUCAUGCUCAACUCACAGACAAGGAAAUACAGAGUCUGGGCGAUAGCACAAGAGUGUACGAUAGUGUGGGUAGAAUGUUUCUUUUGACAGAUAUCCCACAGAUUCGAGAAAAUUUGAAAGCUAAAGUUGAAAAGUGUAAUGAGAAAAUCACCAGCUUACAGGCAAACAAGGAAUACUUGGAGCGCAGUAUGUCAGAGAGCCAAAAUAACUUGAGAGAAAUGAUAAAGCUCAAGCAGUCCAUGGGUGUGGCUUAGAAGGCUGGCGUGGGUCUUAUUUUCUUUAUAAAAAUCAUCAUUAAUCUCAACCAAUUAUUCCAAUGCAUUGUAAUCAUUUGGCAGUGACAAUAAUUGUGGAAAAUUUCAGAAAAAUAUGGCUUUGAAAAUCCGUAAAUUCUUUUCUCCUCUCGUGAUGUGGAUAUAAGUUUGAUUGAACUGUCAUAAGCACUAUACCUAUUGAAAAUCACUUCAGAAAUUUGUGUGUAAAAGAUCCUCUUCUGAAUACUUUUACUCCAAAUAAUAGAUUAUUUGUUUUAUUUCCCUUUUAUGUGGAAAAUGAAAUGAAGGCAUUUCAGAACCCAUUGAUGGUUUUUAGAUGUUCCUUACUAAUGUAAUAAAGAUUCGAGAUUGGUAAGAAAAUAUUUACACGUGGAAUGGAAGUCCCCAUAUUAACCAGACUGAAAAAGCUUUUACAAAAAAGAAGAAGAAAAAAAAAAAAAUGGUUUCGAACAAUGGUCAUGCACUUGGUUUCACUUUACCCGAGUUAAUUAUAUGCAAAUACAAUGUUUACGCAGUAGCACUGAACUACAGAGUGAGCAAAUUGGCAUCUCUUUGUAUUAGCCUCAGUUAAUAGUUUCUGUAUUACCAUAGACUUAAAUUGUUAGUGGAGAAAGUAUAUGCUGUAAUGUAUUUUAUAUUUGCAUAUAGUUUUAGAAUAAUAUAGACAUUGGAGAAUGAUGCUUGAAAAUAUUCCUUGCUGAAAUUUGAUUGUAUAUGACCAUUAAAAAAAUCCCCUUGA